CCCUAUAUGAGUUAAUUCGAUAGAAAAAUUGAUGUGAAAAUGAAAAGGAAGAUUCCACGUCCCAUUCCGCUUGUUUCUUCGCCAGCUACUCAAAAUCCCCGGCGGCACGGCCAUUUUUAUUCGACGGCGUCGAAUGCUAACCUCCGAACUUGGUUCGACAAGUAUUUCGAGAAGACUAAUGUCCAUGCCUGGAACUCCCUCAUCGCUGACCUUGCUCGCAGCGGCGACUCCCUCGAGUCACUUCGCGCCUUCUCUUCCAUGCGAAAGCUCAAUCUUAUCCCAAACCGCUCUACCUUUCCUUGCGCCAUCAAAGCCUGCUCUGCCUUGUCUGAUGUUCGCUCCGGCCAACAAGCCCACCAACAGGCUUUGGUGUUCGGCUUCGAAUUCGACCUCUUCGUGUCAUCCGCACUGAUCGAUAUGUACUCCAAAUGCGGCCAAUUGGGCGAUGCUAAAAACCUGUUCGACGAAAUUCCUCAAAGAAACAUCGUCGUUUGGACGUCGUUGAUCAAUGGGUAUGUUCAGAAUGAGUAUCCGCUCCGAGGUUUAUCCUUGUUUAAGGAGCUCUUGAGCCGUGGUGAUGACGACGAUGAGAGUUCAGUCGACUCGUUUGCUAUGGUUUCGGUUUUGACGGCUUGCUCUCGUCUCUCUGCGGAGGGGAUGACCGAAGGCCUACAUGGGUUCGUUGUGAAGUGUGGGUUCGAUAGAGAUGUAGGAGUUGGUAAUACUUUGCUGGACGCAUAUGCCAAGGGAGGUUCCGUGGGAAUGUCUAGAAAGGUGUUUGAUGGAAUGACUGAUAGAGAUACAGUGUCUUGGAAUUCUAUGAUCACCGUGUAUGCUCAAAGUGGCUUAGCUAGAGAGGCUUUUGAAGCUUUCAGCGCAAUGGUAAAAGGUGGCCUCACCCGAUACAAUGCAGUGACAUUAUCCACAUUAUUGCUAGCUUCUGCACAUUGUGGAUCAUUGCGAGCAGGCAAGUGCGUACAUGAUCAGGUCAUAGUGAUGGGUCUGCUGGACAAUGUAGUCGUGGGAACCUCUGUCAUAGACAUGUACUGCAAAUGUGGGCAAGUUCAGAUGGCUAGGAAGUCAUUCGAUGUCAUGGAGGUGAAAAAUGUAAGGUCUUGGACAGCUAUGAUUGCAGGGUAUGGUAUGCAUGGUCUUGCGAGAGAAGCCUUGGAUGUUUUCUAUCAAAUGUUAGGGGUUGGUGUAAGACCAAAUUACAUAACUUUCAUAUCGGUACUGGCUGCUUGUAGCCAUGCUGGUCUGGUAGAUGAAGGCAGGCAUUGGUUUAACGUUAUGAACCAUCAGUUUCAAGUGGAACCCAGGUUAGAACAUUAUAGUUGCAUGGUUGAUCUUCUUGGCCGAGCAGGUCAUCUUCACGAGGCAUAUGAUCUGAUAAAGAGGAUGAAGGUGAGGUCUGAUUUCAUCCUCUGGGGUUCUCUGCUAGCAGCAUGCAGAAUCCACAAGAAUUUGGAGCUAGCGGAGAUUUCAGCUCAAAGGUUGUUCGAACUAGACCCGAGUAAUUCCGGAUAUUAUGUAUUGCUUUCCCAUAUAUAUGCAGAUGCUGGGAGAUGGAAAGAUGUUGAGAGGAUGAGAGAGCUCAUGAAAGAUAGUGGCCUGGUCAAGACUCCUGGUUUCAGCUUAAUCGAACUCAAUGGCAGAGUGCAUGUUUUCUUGGUUGGAGAUAAGGAGCAUCCUCGCCACGAGGACAUUUACCGCUAUCUGGAGGAACUUGGGGUGAAGCUGCAGCGAGCUGGUUAUGUACCUGAUAUGACUUCUGUCCCACAUGACAUUGAUGAGGAAGAGAAGGAAGUAAAUCUGAGAGGCCAUAGUGAGAAGCUAGCAGUUGCCUUCGGGAUUAUGAACUCGGUUCCUGGAGCAAUGAUUCAAGUUAUGAAGAAUCUAAGGGUCUGUGGGGAUUGUCAUACUGUGAUUAAGCUGAUAUCCAAGAUUGUGAAUCGAGAGAUAAUAGUAAGAGACUCAAAGCGUUUUCACCACUUCAAAGAUGGUUUUUGUUCAUGUGGAGAUUAUUGGUAACCAUCAAUGCCAAUUCUCGAUUAAAGUUAUAUACAGUAUAUGAUCUGGUUGGAUCUGGGAAAGCGACUAUAAUCAAUCUGUAUAUUCUCUUCUGAAGAGCUUGUCCCAAAGUUGGUGCAACUUUGAAGUUGAUGAUCGAUGAUUCUUCUUCCCCAUUUCAUAGAAGCUGAUAGAAUCCUGGAGGGCCAUAUUCUGACGCUUCAAAUGUUCAACCUGUGAUUGAAGCCUGGAGAUAGUCACUUUCUUCUCGACAUUUCUCCUUGCCAACUCUGCCUGCUGCCACAGAUUCUCCUCCAUCAGCUUUGCAACUUGAAACUUGAGCUCAGCCCAGUCUGGUUCUCUGUCAUCAGUGCCCUGCGAAUGCAUUGGCUGGGUGAUUAGGUUCACCAUGAUCUCAUUAUCUGUGGCAGCAGCAUCUGGUGGAUAAGAACUUUCAGCUGCCAGCACUUGAUCUUCAGAGGCUCCUCUAGACAUUGAGCUGGAUUCAUGGCAUAGAUUUGACGACAGCAGGUGGUCGCAUCUUUCAGCUAAAGAACUGUAAGAUGCCCCAAACCCUUCAAGCUUUGGGAUUCGUUCUGGUGCAUUCUUACUGCUUUUAGUCAUAGAGGAAGAAAUUAGCUAGAAGGUUUUGGUUUUACCUGAGAGAGUGUGGUGAAGCCUGAGGGCUGAGGGGGUUGCUGCUGCCUCCAUGUCCCAAGUGCUGGAAGAAUGUUCCAUGUUGUUCGUUUGGUUCAGUCAUAUUUAAUUUUGCUGCAGAGAAUCUCUCUUGGCCGGCAGAGCACGAAACCUGCCGCAGGAAACCAAAUGCACACGUUAAGAAUGGACUUUUGUGGUUCAGUAAGGUCUGGCUAGAGAUUGUUUCCUUUAGUAGUUGGACUAUCUGGUUUCGUUAAUUCAUGGUGGUUAGGGAUGGCAACAAAACCCGAACCCACGGGUACCUUACCCGACCCAACUCGGUCAACGCGAGUAAAACUCGUAUUGACGGGUUUUGGGUCGGGUUUGGGUUUAAACCCGCUACAUCACCAUCGGGUUGGAUUUGCGUUUAGGCAAACCCGCCCCAUGGGUACCCGUCCACACUCAUAUAAUUAAUGUUUUCGGUAGAUUUAAUAUUCUAAACAAUAUAUCUUCCUUAAACAACUAAUCUUCUUUAUGUUUUUGGAGGCAUGUGUAAUUUUUUCUUUCUAAUUGUGUACGAUGAAGUUGAUAUUAUGGAGUGGAAACUGGAGAGUGAAGAAGCUUAGUUGACAAGGAGGAAUGAGCUGUCAAUUAAUCAUGUUGUUUAUAGAUGUUUAUCUUUAAUUUUAAACAAUUUGUAUCGAUAAUUUGUGGUUUGCUUGUAUGCUCUAGAUUGGUGUUUUUUUGUAUGGAAAAUUUUUAUGAGAAAAUUGAUGUUAGACUUUUAUUUGGAAG